CUUUUGGAACCAAAUGAUGUUCUUCCUGUUGGUCGCUUGAGGUGGUUUUAUCCAAACUCAACAACACUGGUUUCUCACAACGGUUGUGUCCACUGUUGCCACCGUUCUCAGAGUGAAACCAUUGACACUGAACCUAUCAACUCACACUCACUCCACUUCCAACAACUUCAACAAUCUCACUACAUUCAAUGGCGGUUUUGUCCCCUCCAACACCAUCACCACUCCUUCUAAACACCAAAGCAAAUUUCGGGUCACCAUCAUCACCUUCACCUCUUCCUCUUAUCACCUUCUCCUCCACACCCACCAACUACCCUUCUUCGCUACUCAUAUCCUCUUACACUAAAUCCGGAAAUGGGUUGGCGAGUGAAGACAAAAAAAUCUUACUUGAGCGGUAUGGUUAUGAUGCUGAUGCUGACGAGUACUUUUCUCAAUCAUCUCCAAAGUCUAAGAGGAUAAAGGAGCAGCCAAGGACUAGAGGAGGGAAGCAAGUGCAGGACCCACCAGAGGGCCCUAAACCUCAUCGUACUACGCAUAAACUGCUUCAGGUUCUUGGGGGAACAGCUCGAAGAAAGAAGCUACUCUCACCUAAGGGCAUGGAUGUACGCCCCAUGAUGGAAGUUGUAAAAGGUGCAACGUUUGAUAUAUUACAGGCGGCUGGUGGCUCUCCUGCAUCCUUGAGACCUGGACGCUGGUUAGACUUAUAUAGUGGUACAGGUUCUGUUGGAAUUGAAGCACUUAGCCGAGGAUGUUGUGAGGUGCAUUUUGUCGAGAUGGAUCCUUGGGUUGUAUCAGAUGUUUUACGUCCUAACUUGGAGGGGACUGGAUUCCUUGAUGCUUCAGUCAUACAUACUGUCACUGUGGAAAAAUUCUUUGAACGUGGAAAGCAAUUUGUAGGAAACUAUGGCCCAUUUGAUUACAUUAGUGUCACCCCUCCAUAUACGCAAGUUGACUAUGGGGUGCUGAUGAGGCAAAUCUCAGAAUCAUCCUUGGUUGGAGAAGACGCUUUUAUUGUAGUUGAGUAUCCUUCAAAAACUGAUAUGCUGGAUUCUUGUGGACAUCUUGUGAAGAUAACUGAUAGAAGGUUCGGCCGGACGCUCUUGGCAAUUUAUGGACCAACAUGGGCCCAAAAGAAGAGGAGAUCACACUUUCAAGUAACACAGUUGCAGUAAAGGCUGAUGAACUUGCUGGUGGAAUUUUUAAUCUGUUAUAGGGUUCAACAGGAAUUAGUUUUGCACCUACUCACUUCUUCAAAAGGUGUCACAGGCAGUCCAAUAUUGGUCCCUGCCACAUGUUAUGUCAUAUGUGAUGAAUUAUAAAAGCUUGAAUUCUUUUCUACAUGUAAUGUGGAAUUCCUCAGCUGAAAAAUGAUUUAGUACUUGUAGAUUGAGGUCUCAUUGCUAAACUUUUGCUUUAGUGAUGAAACAAAGUCCACAAAAAGGUUUAAAUUCGAUCAGUUAACAGCUUUGCGUCCAUCGAAUUUUGCCUAAGUGUAGGAAUAGGUGAAUUAUGUCACUAGUUGAAACUAUGUUGAAUCUCUGACGAUUCAUCUCAAGAAAGAAUCAUUGCCUAUCAUGUUGCUAAAGUAAACUCUGUCCAUAAUGUAAAAGCAUCCUCAAAGAACUUCAAAUGCCAAAUUACGCUUGGUAUUUGUGGCUUGUGUGCCUAAUAACAUGCUCGGUUCUGUGAUAGGAAAUUCUAUAAUCGCUUAUAAGAAGAAGUUACGUAAUGUAGUUUCUGUAGUCAUUGUGUUUUAGAUUGUGUCCACUGUAAUUCCAAACAGGCUAUUUCUUAGUUAGCACAUAACCCCAAAUGGACAUAUGUGUGAGAGAAUCAAAAUGUGAAGAUUAAAUCAUGUAAAAUUUUAGUAUGAUAGAAUCUGUUUCCAUAAAGGUGCUUUAAAUUUUACUUUAAUGAGAUGUUGUAAAUUUUUUUUAGCAAACUUCAUGAGCAUGAGUUAAUCAAAGAUUUCCUUUGUACUUCAAGGAAACAGGU